AUGAUUGCAGACUCAUACAGUGAUUACUUUUCCGAUUAUGAAUGUAACACACCGCUUAUGGAAAAGGCCAGUUUAUCGGCCACAUCAGCCCUAAACGAUCGUGGACCGGAAAAGGCUCGUUUAAAUGCUGGUACAUCAUGGUCGGCAAAAAAUUCGGAUUUUGAUCAACGUUUAAUCAUUGAUCUGGGGGAAGUUAAAAAUGUUACACACAUUGCAUUGCAAGGACGACCGCAUAGCAAUGAGUUUGUCACCGAAUAUGCCAUUAGCUAUGGUAUCAGCGAUUUAGAAUUUGCCGAUUAUAAAGAGCCCGGUGGUAACAUUAAGAUGUUCAAAGGCAACUCCGAUGGCAAUUCAAUACAUUACAAUGUAUUCGAGGUACCAAUUAUUGCUCAGUGGAUACGAAUUAAUCCAACACGUUGGCAUGAUCGAAUUUCAAUGCGUGUUGAACUUUAUGGUUGUGAUUAUGUUGCUGAAAAUUUAUAUUUCAACGGAACGGGUUUGAUACGUUACAAUCUAAUGCAAGAGCCAAUUGCCUCAACUCGCGAAUCGAUACGUUUCCGUUUCAAAACUGCCAACGCCAACGGAAUCAUGAUGUAUUCUCGCGGUACUCAGGGUGAUUAUUUCGCCCUACAAUUGAUGGAAAAUAAAAUGGUAUUGAAUUUGGAUUUGGGUGGUGGCAUUAUGACCUCCCUGUCUGUCGGCAGUCUCUUAGACGAUAAUGUUUGGCAUGAUGUUGUUAUAUCGCGUAAUCGUCGUGAUAUUAUCUUUUCCGUUGAUCGUGUCAUAGUUCGUGGCCGCAUCAAGGGUGAAUUCAGUCGUUUAAAUUUAAAUCGUGAAUUGUAUUUGGGCGGUGUACCCAACAUUCAAGAAGGCAUUUAUGUGACACAAAACUACACUGGCUGCAUGGAAAAUAUCUACUUUAAUUCUACAAAUUUUAUACGAGAAAUGAAAGAUCAACACGAACGUGGAGAAUUCUAUCGCUUUAGUAAAAUUAAUACUGUCUAUGCGUGUCCAUCGCCACCCAUAUACCCGGUUACCUUCACAACUCGCGGUUCCUUUGUACGCCUAAAGGGUUAUGAGGGACAGAAAUCGUUGAAUGUGUCCUUCUAUUUCCGUACCUAUGAAAAUGAUGGCAUGAUGUUGCAUCAUGAGUUCGCCAGUGGUGGUUAUGUGCGCGUUUUCUUGGAAAAGGGUAAAGUGAAAGUCGACCUCAAGUUGGCAGAAAAGCCACGCAUCAUCUUGGACAACUAUGAUGAGAAGUUCAACGAUGGCAAAUGGCAUGCAUUUAUUUUGACGAUACAACGUAAUCGCCUGGUGUUGGAUAUCGAUCAACGUCCAAUGGCCACGACGAAGAAUAUACAAAUAUCAACGGGCCGUUUGUAUUACAUUGCUGGAGGUGUGGAGAAAAAUAACGGUUUUGUUGGUUGUAUGCGCCUGAUCUUGGUCGAUGGCAAUUAUAAAUUACCCAAAGAUUGGGUGCAAGGGGAUGAGGUAUGCUGUGGCGAUGAGGUUGUUGUCGAUGCAUGUCAAAUGAUUGAUCGUUGUAAUCCAAAUCCAUGUCAACACAAUGGUCAUUGUCAUCAAGAUUCGACAGAUUUCUUCUGUGAUUGUGAAAAUACCGGUUAUGCUGGUGCUGUAUGUCAUACAUCUAAUAAUCCUCUUUCCUGUCAAGCUCUCAAAAAUGUUCAACAUGUCUCAUCAAGGGUAUCAACCAAAAUUGAUGUUGAUGGUAGCGGACCUUUGAAACCAUUCCCUGUUACAUGCGAAUUUUAUACCGAUGGUCGUGUCAUAACCACGUUGAGUCACAGUCAAGAGCAUACAACUACAGUAGAUGGUUUCCAAGAGCCUGGAUCAUUUGAACAAAAUAUACUCUACGAUGCAGAUAUGCAACAAAUUGAAGCUUUACUCAAUCGUUCACACACAUGCUGGCAACGUUUAAGUUAUUCGUGUCGAUCAUCGCGCCUAUUUAAUUCCCCAUCUGAGGUAUCCAAUUUCCGCCCCUUCUCUUGGUGGGUAUCGCGACACAAUCAACCAAUGGACUACUGGGCCGGAGCCUUACCCGGUUCUCGUAAAUGUGAAUGUGGUAUCUUGGGUAAAUGUCAAGAUCCCACCAAAUGGUGUAAUUGUGAUUCGAAUAGCUUAGAAUGGGCCGAAGAUGGUGGUGAUAUUCGAGAAAAGGAAUACUUACCCGUGAGAGCGGUUAAAUUUGGCGACACCGGUACUCCACUGGAUGAGAAACAGGGACGUUAUACUUUGGGACCAUUACGUUGUGAAGGCGAUGAUUUGUUUAGCAAUGUGGUGACAUUCCGUAUUGCUGAUGCCACAAUUAAUUUGCCACCCUUCGAUAUGGGACAUUCGGGUGAUAUUUAUUUGGAAUUUAAAACCACCAUAGAAAAUGCUGUUAUUUUCCAUGCCACUGGACCAACGGAUUACAUAAAGUUGACUAUAUCCGGCGGUAAUAAAUUGCAAUUCCAAUACCAGGCUGGCAGUGGUCCGUUAGGUGUUAAUAUUGGCACCAGUUACCAUUUGAAUGACAAUGAAUGGCAUACCGUUAGUGUGGAACGUAAUAGAAAAGAAGCACGCUUGGUGGUGGAUGGCUCCAUAAAAGCAGAAGUACGUGAACCACCAGGUCCCGUACGUGCUCUCCAUUUGACAUCGGAUUUGGUUAUUGGUGCUACCACAGAAUAUCGUGAUGGUUAUGUUGGAUGUAUACGCGCUUUAUUGUUAAAUGGAAAAAUGGUCGAUUUGAAACAAUUUGGCGAUCGUGGCAUGUAUGGCAUCUCCUCGGGCUGUGUGGGACGUUGUGAAUCGAAUCCUUGCCUCAACAAUGGUACAUGUAUUGAGCGUUACGAUGGCUAUAAUUGUGAUUGCCGUUGGAGUGCCUUUAAAGGACCAAUAUGUGCUGAUGAAAUUGGUGUUAACUUACGUAGUAACUCAAUUAUACGCUAUGAAUUUAUUGAAUCCUUCCGUUCGACAAUUGCCGAAAAUAUUCGUGUAGGUUUUACCACAACAAUUCCCAAAGGUUUCUUAUUGGGUUUUUCAUCAAAUAUUACUGGCGAAUAUUUGACCAUACAAAUUUCUAAUUCGGGCCAUUUACGUUGUGUUUUCGAUUUCGGUUUCGAACGGCAAGAAAUUAUAUUCCCCAAAAAACAUUUCGGUCUUGGUCAAUAUCAUGAUGUACGAUUUUCUCGAAAAAAUAGUGGCUCCACUGUGGUUUUACAAGUCGACAACUACGAACCGGUAGAAUAUAAUUUCGAUAUCAAAGCAUCGGCUGAUGCACAAUUCAAUAACAUCCAGUAUAUGUAUAUUGGUAAAAAUCUUUCAAUGACUGAUGGCUUCGUUGGCUGUGUAUCGCGUGUACAAUUCGAUGAUAUUUAUCCUUUGAAAUUGUUGUUCCAACAGAAUCCACCACCAAAUGUUAAAUCAUUGGGAUCUCAACUAACUGAAGAUUUUUGUGGUGUUGAACCCGUCACACAUCCACCCGUCGAAAUUGAAACUAGACCACCACCACUAGUUGAUGAGGAGAAACUUCGUAAAGCGUACAAUGAAGUUGAUACAGCACUGUUGGCAAUCCUUCUCAUCAUUCUGUUCCUAUUGCUGAUAUUGAUGGUCUUCUUAAUUGGCCGUUACUUGCACAGACACAAAGGUGACUACCUCACCCAUGAAGAUCAAGGAGCUGAUGGUGCCGACGAUCCUGAUGAGGCCGUUGUACAUUCCACCACCGGCCAUCAAGUGACCAAACGAAAAGAAUGGUUCAUAUAGUUUGAAAUGCCACAUGUCGAUGAGUGGUCAACGUAGUAGGUCUCGUAAAAACGAAAAC